CUUAACCUGGCCCGUCGCCCCCUUCUCCCCCUGGUUCGUAUCCUCCAAGUUCGUCUUCACUUCCCGCCCGGCCGACCGGACCACCAAUGGGAGCGUGACACAGCUUGCGGCGGAGCGGGACAGCCGUCGUCUUCACUUUCCGCAGGAUUCCAAGGCCGCAAGAUUUUUCCCUUCCCCGGAGCCGUCGCCUCCGCCGCCCCCAAAUCUCGCCGCGAGCGAGCGAUGGACUUCGACUUCGACUUCGACUGCGCCGCCGCCUCCCCCGGCGGCCAGUGGCUGGGCGAGUCGGCGUCGCGGCGGAGGCAGCGCCGCCUCUCGUCGCCCUCGCUCAGGACCUACCUCACGCCGGCCUUCGACGCCGUCGCCGCCGGCCACCCCGGCUCCCCCGCCUCCUCCUACUCGUCCGGCGGGCUCGAGCUCGGCUUCGACGCCUCGCUCCUCCGCUACCGCCGCUUCUCCGCGAAUCCGGAGAUGGACAGCCGCCGCCUCGUCUACUCGCCGCCGGCACAGCCGCGGCCGGUGUACCCUAUGCUGGACCAUGAGGCCUACCUCCAUGGCCACAAACGCCAGGCUGGCCCUCUGACUGGCGCACCAGGUUUUCCCGACAUGAAACACCAGUUCUUCAGCCCCACCAGGCCACCGCCUGUCGACUUCCGAUCACCAGAUGGUGCCAUCAUGCUACCAAACAGAGCCAAGCUUUUCUCGACACCGGCACCUGGAGCAACAACACCUUCAGCUCAGGCGGCGUCUGCGCAGCCACAGCCAACCGAGGAAGAAGGCGACCUCAUAGCUGAGGUCCUCUAUGGUCGCAGCGGGCGACGCAGGCUGCCCGUUUUCAAGGAUAUCUGCCCGGAAUGAGUGAUGCCCAUCCUCGACAUGCGUGGAUCAUGGAUCAUGUAUAUUCUGUGUAUCCCCCCUGUGUCCAUAGGCUCAUCAGAUGUUUUGCCCGGAAAGAUUGUUCCUAGUUACCUAUUCCUAGGGGAAGACCUCACUCCCUCUCUUGAUCUUUAGGUGAGAAGAUUAUGCGAUGGUUUUUUUUUCUUUGAGAGGAAAGAUUAUGCUAUGGUUGAGUAUGCCGGCAAACGAAAUAUUUGCUUGCCGUCGGUUAAGUUGAUUAAACCUGCUAUGCGUUGGACAA